AACAUUCACCAGAGACGCGUUUGCCAGCAUCUAGCAUCCAGCAUCAGAGUUGAGAAGAGGCUCCCUAGCCACACUCUCAUCCCACCAUGGCAUUCGCUUGCGCUCCUUCGGUCGCCCUGGCACCCGCCGCUGUCGCCGGCGUUUCAGCCAAGAGCUCAUCGCGAUCAACUCCGAACGCGGCUCUGGCCGUUCCGCUUUCCACGUCUUUCCGCGGGCUUCGGGUCACUUCAACGAAGAAUUCCGCGCGAGUUCCUCUCCAGCCGCUCCGCAGCAGCGUGCGAGCCGAAGUGGUGACGGAGCCCGCCACCAAGAUCAACUUCCCCGUCACACUAGCAGCUCCUGGCGGCUCCAAGGAUCUCUCGCUGCUGGGAACCGGUGUGCGCGAGAAGAAGAUUGGCCCCCUGGCAGUGAAGGUGUAUGGGGUGGGUGCGUACGCUGAUCCGAAGCUGCUGGACGUGCUGGCAGGCUGGAAGGGCAAGGCGGCAGACCGUGCCUUCUUCGAUGCUAUUGUCGCCACCCCAUGUGAGAAGGCCAUAGUCAUUGUGUUGGCGCGCAACGUGGGGUCGGACCAGUUCUGGAACGCCCUCACUGAGGAGCUCGCCCCACGCCUCACAGCAGCUGGAGAAGGCCAUGGUGACUUGGACGAGUUUGGCAAGCUCUUCAAGGACAGGUCUCUCAAGAAGAACACUGGCGUUUACAUCACGUGGUGUCAGCCAUCUACACUGCAGGUGGCAUUUUCGGAUGACGUGACUGCUGGAGGAGUCCCCUCUGCAGCUUCCGCCACUUUUGAGUCGCAUGGGCUUCUUGCGGCCCUCUUUGAUAUCUAUUUGGGUAAGGAGCCUGUGUCACCGUCUUUGGUUGGAAGCAUUGCUACGAUUGCAUCGUGAAAGCAUAUGACACGUCUCAAAUGGUGGUAAUUGUUUGAAGUCAGCCCUUGUAUUGGGUCGAGUUUACAAUGUUCACGAAUUUUUUCGGUGGCCAAUGAAAUAAAAUCAUUGCAUAGAUAUCAAGGGAAACUCGGUGGGAAACAGAGGGCCGA